AUGGCCAUGGUGAGUGGGGGCUGGGGAGAUCCCAACGGGGGCACCAACGGGCUGGGGGAGAAGGGCUAUCUGAGGGGAGAGGAGGAGGACGGUUCGCCCCAGGCCGGGGGCAGCGACAUGGAGGUCGGGGACGAUGACAAGGCGUGUGUGGUGGACUGUGUAGUGUGUGGGGACAAGUCCAGCGGGAAGCAUUACGGUGUGUUCACCUGCGAGGGCUGCAAGAGCUUCUUCAAGAGGAGCAUCCGCCGCAACCUCAAUUAUACCUGCAGGUGAGACUCAAUGAAUAUUUUUUAAAUUAGUCCACUGUUGAUACAGUCCCAAAAUGUUUUAUUGCGGUGUGCUAUCUAGUGAUUUUACAUUGUUUCCCCUCAUCUCCAAGAAGAUGUCGUACAAAAGCAUACGUUUUCUUGUACAAAACUGGCCUCGAAGUCAGAUAAUUGAGUUUCCCCACUGCGAUCUAGUCAUCCUUACAUCAGCCACUCUGCCCAUAUUAAAAAAUCCAUGAGCAUGAUACAAUAUUAAUGCCAUGGAUCAUCUAAGGAAAGACAGUGAUUGGGUCAUACACACUUAUAUAAUCGGGUUCUGUAAACCAGCAGAUACCUAGAAUAUAUUUAAAUAGAAGCUUAUUUUGUCUCGCAUCGUGUUUUAUGCUUCAGCUUUUUACAUCUACCCUCUAGAUACGUUAUGCAAUCAUGUAGAUACGGUCUGCAAAUGUUUUCUAUCAAAUUGAAGUGACCUUUCUCCAUUAAACGUAUAGCAGUACACAUACAUUACUAUAGAUUUUUGCCAGAGGUUUGUAGCUGUAACAAGUGUCAGCAAAGUUAAAUGUCAUUAUCAUUGCUGUGUGGAUUUGCAUAAGAUGUUCUGAUCUAUAUUUCAGGUCGAAUCGAGAGUGCCAGAUCGACCAACAUCACCGCAACCAGUGCCAGUACUGCCGCCUGGAGAAGUGCUUUCGCGUAGGAAUGCGCAAAGAAGGUACUUAUCCUGUCCACAUACAGUAGCACCUUCCUUUAGCUAUAUUUCUAUGUAUUCUAUGCAGAAUAUACAUGUAUGAACAAAGACAUGAACUCCAGUCAAUAGACUCUGUCCAAAGCCAAAUUUCUGUUCUAAAAACCCCCCAAUUGUUUUAAAGUUGUACUUUUUUUUACCAUUACAUUGACCCAUAGUGUGUGUCACAUAACUAUCCUGGCCCUAUCAUGGCUUGCCAUACGUGCAGGCUCGAUGCCAUGUUCUUUGUCAUCUAAUCUAGUGCCUGCGUGAGUGAGUGGGAUACAACGAACAAGCCACCUGCGGCCCUGUGCACUAGUCAGUCACACACAUCUCUGUCUAUACCUCAACUGUAGUCUGAAGUCCCAAGUGAUGUAGCCCUGUAGAUGCAGUGGUUCUUUGGUUGAUUGGUUGUUUUUCCAUAGACCUUUUGAUUAGAAAUAUGACAUACCAUCUGUAUGGUAGUGGUUCUACUGUUCCACUGGUUGCCAUGUCAUUUUACACUAUAUGCCUAUUGAAGCCCUAAGUAAAAUAUAGUAUCCCUAUGACCUUGAUAUGAGGCAUUUUUGUAAGAUAAAGGGGCUGUAGCCUGAAGCUUCAUAAUGAGCUUCUAUCAAAAGUGUUGGAAAAUGUAUCAAAAGCGUUGGAAAAACUUGUCAAUAUUCAGCUGACUGGCUUUCUUGAUGUCUAUAGUAUUCUCUCUGGUAUGCAAUCUGGUUUCCGCUCAGGUUAUGGAUGUGUCACUGCAAACUUAAAGGUCCUAAAUGAUGUCACCAUUGCCCUUGAUUCUAAGCAAUGUUGUGCUGCUAUUUUUAUUGACUUGGCCAAAGCUUUUGAUACGGUAGACCAUUCCAUCCUUGUUGGCCGGCUAAGGAGUAUUGGUGUCUCUGAGGGGUCUUUGGCCUGGUUUGCUAACUACCUCUCUCAAAGAGUGCAGUGUAUAAAGUUAGAACAUCUGCUAUCUCAGCCACUGCUUAUCACCAAGGGAGAACCCCAAGGCUCGAUCCUAGGCCCCACGCUCUUCUCAAUUUACAUCAACAAUAUAGCUCAGGCAGUAGGAAGCUCUCUCAUCCAUGUAUAUGCAGAUGAUACAGUCUUAUACUCAGCUGGCCCCUCCCUGGAUUUUGUGCUAAACGCUCUACAACAAAGCUUUCUUAGUGUCCAACAAGCUUUCUCUGCCCUUAACCUUGUUCUGAACACCUCCAAAACAAAGGUAAUGUGUCAUAAUCCCCACCGGUGUGAUUACUACCUCUGAUGGUUUAGAGCUUGAGGUAGUCACCUCAUACAAGUACUUGGGAGUAUGGCUAGACGGUACACUGUCCUUCUCUCGGCACAUAUCCAAGCUGCAGGCUAAGGUUAAAUCUAGACUUGGUUUCCUCUAUCGUAAUCGCUCCUCUUUCACCCCAGCUGCCAAACUAACCCUGAUUCAGAUGAUCAUCCUACCCAUGCUAGAUUACGGAGACGUAAUUUAUAGAUCGGCAGGUAAGGGUGCUCUCGAGCGGCUAGAUGUUCUUUCCCAUUCGGCCAUCAGAUUUGCCACCAAUGCUCCUAAUAGGACACAUCACUGCACUCUAUACUCCUCUGUAAACUGGUCAUCUCUGUAUACCCGUCUCAAGACCCACUGGUUGAUGCUUAUUUACAAAACCCUCUUAGGCCUCACUCCCCCCUAUCUGAGAUACCUACUGCAGCCCUCAUCCUCCACAUACAACACUCGUUCUGCCAGUCACAUUCUGUUAAAGGUCCCCAAAGCACACACAUCCCUCUGUCGCUCCUCUUUCCAAUUCGCUGCAGCUAGCGACUGGAACGAGCUGCAAAAAACACUCAAACUGGACAGUUUUAUCUCCAUCUCUUCAUUCAAAGACUCAAUCAUGGACACUCUUACUGACAGUUGUGGCUGCUUCGCGUGAUGUAUUGUUAUCUCUACCUUCUUGCCUUUUGUGCUGUUGUCUGUGCCCAAUAACGAUUGUACCAUGUCUUGUGCUGCUACCAUGUUGUGCUGCUGCCAUGUUGUGUUGCUACCAUGUUGUUUUCAUGUUGGGUUGCUACCUUGCUGUGUUGUCGUGUGUUGCUGCCAUGCUAUGUUGUUGUCUUAGGUCUCUCUUUAUGUAGUGUUGUGUUGUCUCCCUUGUUGUGAUGUGUAUUUGGUCCUAUAUUUAUAUAUACUACCGUUCAAAACUUUGGGGUCACUUCGAAAUGUCCUUGUUUUCGAAAGAAAAGCUAAUUUUUUUGUCCAUUAAAAUAACAUCAAAUUGAUCAGAAAUACAGUGUAGACAUUGUUAAUGUUGUAAAUGGCUAUUGUAGCUGGAAACGGCAGAUUUUUUAUGGAAUAUCUACAUAGGCGUACAGAGGCCCAUUAUCAGCAACCAUCAGUCCUGUGUUCCAAUGGCACGUUGUGUUUGCUAAUCCAAGUUUAUCAUUAUAAAAGGCUAAUUGAUCAUUGGAAAACCCUUUUGCAAUUAUGUUAGCACAGCUGAAAACUGUUGUGCUGAUUAAAGAAGCAAUAAAACUGGCCUUCUUGAGACUAGUUGAGUAUCUGGAGCAUCAGCAAUUGUGGGUUCGAUUACAGGUUCAAAAUGGCCAGAAACAAAGAACUUUCUUCUGAAACUCAUCAGUCUAUUCUUGUUCUGAGAAAUGAAGGCUAUUCCAUGCUAGAAAUUGCCAAGAAACUGAAGAUCUCGUACAACGCUGUGUACUACUCCCUUCACAGAACAGCGCAAACUGGCUCUAACCAGAAUAGAAAGAGGAGUGGGAGGCCCCGGUGCACAACUGGGCAAGAGGACAAAUACAUUAGUGUCUAGUUUGAGAAACAGACGCCUCACAGGUCCUCAACUGGCAGCUUCAGUAAAUAGUACCCGCAAAACGCCAGUCUCAACGUCAACAGUGAAGAGGCGAAAACAAGGACAUUUCUAAGUGACCCCAAACUUUUGAACAGUAGUGUAUAUAUUAAAAAAUAUAUAUAAUCCCAGCCCCCAUCCUCGCAGGAGGCCUUUUGCCUUUUGGUAGGCCGUCAUUGUAAAUAAGAAUUUGUUCUUAACUGGCUUGCCUAGUUAAGCAAUGGUUAAAUUAAAAAUUAAAAUGAGUAUAGCCCACAAUUAUUUACUUUGGCGGUUGCAGAAAACUAGUGGAACUCUGAAUGCUGCCUCUUCAGUCUAAUAUUGAUAACUCUUUCCCUUUCUCUCUCAUGGUCAAAUUACUCACCCAAUGGCUUAAUACGUUAACUAUGGCUGGGAGCAUUUAAUACGUUAACUAUGGCUGGGAGCAUUUAAUACGUUAACUAUGGCUGGGAAUAUUUAAUACGUUAACUAUGGCUGGGAAUAUUUAAUACGUUAACUAUGGCUGGGAAUAUUUAAUACGUUAACUAUGGCUGGGAAUAUUUAAUACGUUAACUAUGGCUGGGAGCAUUUAAUACGUUAACUAUGGCUGGGAGCAUUUAAUACGUUAACUAUGGCUGGGAGCAUUUAAUACGUUAACUAUGGCUGGGAAUAUUUAAUACGUUAACUAUGGCUGGGAAUAUUUAAUACGUUAACUAUGGCUGGGAAUAUUUAAUACGUUAACUAUGGCUGGGAAUAUUUAAUACGUUAACUAUGGCUGGGAAUAUUUAAUACGUUAACUAUGGCUGGGAGCAUUUAAUACGUUAACUAUGGCUGGGAGCAUUUAAUACGUUAACUAUGGCUGGGAGCAUUUAAUACGUUAACUAUGGCUGGAAGCAGUAUUUGAUACAGCCACAAUCUUUCAUCCUCACAAUGAGGGGAAAUUAUUUCCUUUUCUUUCUACGAGCAAUAAAUAUGAACACAAAGGCCAUUGCGUCAUCUUUUAUUCCCCUUUUGGUAAUACAAAUCUUUACAUAGUAAAAGAUGAACACCUCCUGAGGAAUAUUAAUCUUUGAGGAAAACACAUUUUAAUGUAGAAUUCUGCUGUCUUUGUUUUUUAUUCCUCGAGUUAACCUUCACUUGGAGAAUUCUCAAAAAAUGCGAGUCCUCUGUUUCGCCCUCUGUUAGUGAGGAAUCUUUCUGUGCCCCAUUGUGGCUGCUUUAAUCUGGAAUUAUAUGGUGCUAAUCUGGUCAAGACCGUCUGUUGAUAAUCUGCCAAACCUCCUACUGCGAGGGAGCAUGCCUGACUCCUUUUCAACUUCUCCCCCCCCGCCCUCCCUACUUUUCACCCCAAAUCCUAAUCCCUUCCGUCCUCCCAAUCUCCCUGCACCUUCUUAACUCCAACCCAAACCCAUUCCCCUCCCCCUUUGUGCCUCCAUCCCCACCCCAGCAGUUCAGCGUGGACGUAUCCCCCCCUCACACUCCAGCCUCAGCCCCACGGGCACCCCAGUAGGUGGUGGUAGCGGCAUUGGAGUGGCAGAGUUUUACAACAACAACGGCGGGCAGCCCGUGUCGGAGCUCAUCUCCCAGCUGCUGCGUGCCGAGCCCUACCCCAGCAGCCGCUACGGCCACCAGUACAACCAACAGGGCCAGGCCACCGGCGCAGGCGGGGCCGUCAUGGGCAUCGACAACAUCUGCGAGCUGGCAGCUAGGCUGCUCUUCAGCACCAUCGAGUGGGCCAGGAACAUCCCCUACUUCCCAGAGCUGCCCGUGUCAGAGCAGGUGGCUCUGCUCAGGUUGAGUUGGAGCGAGCUGUUCAUCCUGAACGCAGCCCAGUCCGCCCUGCCCCUCCACAUGGCCCCACUGCUGGCCGCGGCGGGCUUCCACUCCUCGCCCAUGUCGGCCGAGCGAGUGGUGUCCUUCAUGGACCAGGUGAGGGUGUUCCAGAACCAGGUGGACAAGUUGACCCGGCUCCAGGUGGAUUCGGCCGAGUACAGCUGCCUCAAGGCCAUCGUCCUCUUCUCACCAGGUGAGCUGUCAGGUUUAUUUUAUUCCCACUAUGUGGAUUGAGAUAAUUGAGUUUAGAUAUUUUUUUGGGACACGCUGAGACUUUACGACAUGCAUGUCAGAUUUUUUGGCCUACAUUCCUGAUUUUUCUACCUACAUGUCAAGUUUUCAACCUGUUGAGACUUAGAUGCAUACUUAGAUAUUCAAACUUUUGACUUGCAUGCUGGGACUUUUGACUUGCAUAUAGGGUUGCAAAGGGAGGGUAUAUUACUGGAAACUUCCGGUGGCCUUUUGGCUACUUCAGAUUAUAACAGGUGUCUGCAAUUAUUUCUGGCCCUCUGUGUGGCCUUUUCGCAUGUAAAAUAUAUAAAAUAAUCAAAUAAUAUAUAUUUAAAAAAAAAAUAAGAUUGACAUUAUCCUAAAUAUAAACCAACAACUUUAGAAAUACCAUUGGUGUUUAAUAUGAGGGUUUCAGAAUGAAAUAUCCAUUAUACAUAUUUGUACAUACUUUUAUUUAAUUUACUAUGUUUUUGCGCCAAACUGGUAGUCUGACUAACACUAAAUACCUCUUGACUUCAGAGUCUGGAAUGGCUCUUUGAUGUUGUCGGCCCAAUGCGUCGAUAAUGAAGGGGGCUGUGCUUUAACUGGUUCUCCUCUGUGUCUUUCUCACUCACCUGUAUAGCCCACAUGUAUAGCCACACAGGCCGAGCACGCCCCCUUCCAUUACAAUGGUUGGAUUUUUUUAUCCAUGGAAAACUAAAGGCAUAUCAACCGUAAAUGACUUGGUAAUAUAAAAUACAUUUAUUUCCAUGACAAAAUUCAAAAGCAAUUUUGGACUGACCAAGUUAGAUAAGUUUCAUAUUUAGAUCUGAAAUCUUUUGGACAUCAGAGCAAUCUUGAGGGAAUCCUAUUUGAGUCUAAAGAUAUUCAUAUGAUAGGGAAGAUAUACAAAACCUUGCAGAGAGCAUAUCCAACAGACAAUCUCAGAAAAAUAAACUAUUGGAAUUGAAACUUAAAAAGAAAGUUGUCUGUCAUAAGUAUUACAAUGUAAAUGUACUUUUAAUCCGUCUGUCUGCAUAUUUCAAGACAUGGCAUAUGAAGGUGCAGUGAGAUACCAGAUGGGUUGGACAAUACAUUUCUCGUCAAUCAUCUUGAAAAAAGUAUACUUAAAAACAUGAAAUUAACCAAUCCUCAAUUUUUAACACAAUGGAAAGGUCAAAUGCUUUAUUUUCUAAAUGUUGAAAGUGCGUGGGCGACUGAGAGAAACAAAAUGGUGUGGUUUGAGGCCAUGUAGCGGAGAGUGAUGCAAGACCUGGAGAUGGGGGUGUGAGCAUGUGGCUCUGGGCAGGUGUGAUGUAGUUGACGUUUGUGUGGGUCUGUAUGCUGUUGUUUGUAUGUAUAUGUUUUGUAUUAUAAAAUAAAUAAAUACAAUUUUACCCAAAAUAAAUAACUUUCAAAUCCAAACAAGGAGCGGUCUCAAUCAAGAGAACCAAUCUAACCCGUUCCACAAUUUCGGAGCAAAUAUUGCAUUAGUAAACGGCCUCCUUUCCAGACCAUUGUGGUCACAGCACUUCCUGCGCUGUAAGUCACAUGGGUCACGUCAGCAAGGCUACCAAACUGGUAGUAAUUGUGAAAACGGUUGUGAAAAGUUGUUGGAAGAGUUACAGAGUUAAUUGAAAAUAAUGCCAUUGUUGAUUAUUUUCAUUAAUUAGGCUAUUUUCUCUUGAACCAUAUGGGCUAUCCACUAGAAACUCAUGGACAAAAUGGACACAAAAAUAGCCUAAUUAAUUAAAUAAAUCAACAAUGGCAUUAUUUUCAAUAUAUGAAUACAUUUUGUAACAGUUAUAAAUUACCUAAAUUACCAUAGAUUGCCAUAGAUUACCUGUUAAUUACCAAAUAUACCAAAGAUUCCUGUAACUUUGGUAAAUUACCGUUAGCUUUGCAACCCUACAUAUCAAUACUUUUCUUCUUGUUUUACUAACAUGCUGAGACUUUAACAUUUUAAUGGGAAAAUAUACACUGAGUGUACAAAUCAUUAGGAACACCUGCUCUUUCCAUGACAUAUACUGACCAGGUGAAUCCAGGUGGAAGCUAUGAUCCCUUAUUGAUGUCACUUGUUAAAUCCACUUUAAUCAGUGUAGAUGAAGGGGAGGAGACAGGUUAAAGAAGGAUUUUUAAGCCUUGAGACAAUUGAGACAUGGAUUGUGUAUGUGUGCCAUUCAGAGGGUGAAUGGACUAGACAAAAUAUUUAAGUGCCUUUGAACGGGUAUGGUAGUAGGUGCCAGGCACACCGGUUUGAGUGUGUCAAGAACUGCACCUCUGCUGUGUUUUUGACGCUGUAUCAGGAAUGGUCCACCACCCAAAGGACAUCCAGCAAACUUGACACAACUGUGGGAACCAUUGGAGUCAACAUGGGCCUGCAUCCCUGUGGAACGCUUUCGACACCUUGUAGUCCAUGCCCCAACGAAUUGAGUCUGUUCUGAGGACAAAACGGGGUGCAACUCAAUAUUAUUAUCCUAAUGUUUUGUACACUCAGUGUUUCUCUUGAUGUUAUCUAAGGAUACCUAAGCACCUGCUUGUCAAAUGACAAAGCCUGAACACAGGUAUACUGCACUUACACAAAUGACUGAUGAUUGGCUGAGAGAAAUGUAUGAUAAAAUGAUUGUGGGGGCUGUUUUUGUUAGACUUCAGUGCAGCUUUUGACAUUAUCAAUCAUAGUCUGCUGCUGGAAAAACGAAUGUGUUAUGGCUUUACACCCCUUGCUAUAUUGUGGAUAAAGAGUUACCUGUCUAACACAACACAGAGGGUGUUAUUUAAUGGAAGCCUCUCCAACAUAAUCCAGGUAGAAUCAGGAAUUCCCCUGGGCAGCUGUCUAGGCCCCUUACUUUUUUCAAUCUUUACUAACGACAUGCCACUGGCUUUGAGUAAAGCCAGUGUAUCUAUGUAUGUGGAUGACUCAACACUAUAUACGUCAGCUACUACAGCAACUGAAAUCACUGCAACAGUUAACAAAGAGCUGCAGUUAGUUUCGGCAUGGGAAGCAAGGAAUAAGGUAGUCCUAAAUAUUUCAAAAACGUAAAGCUUUGUAUUUGGGACAAAUCAUUCACUAAACCCUAAACCUCAACUACAUCUUGUAAUGAAUAAUGUGGAAAUUGAGCAAGUUGAGGUGACUAAACUGCUUGGAGUAACCCUGGAUUGUAAACUGUCAUGGUGAAAACAUUUUGCAACAACAGUGGCUAAGAUGGGGAGAAGUCUGUGUCCAUAAUAAAGCGCUGCUCUGCCUUCUUAACAACACUAUCAACAAGGCAGGUCCUACAGGCCCUAGUUUUGUCGCACCUAGACUACUGUUCAGUAGUGUGGUCAGGUGCCACAAAGAGGGACUUGGGAAAAUUGCAGUAGGCUCAGAACAGGGCAGCACGGCUGGCCCUUAAAAGUAUACGGAGAGCUAACAUUAAUGACAUGCAUGUCAAUCUCUCAUGGCUCAAAGUAGAGGAGAGAUUGACUUCAUCACUACUUGUUUUUGUAAGAGGUGUCUGUUUAAAAUACUAGCACACAGCUCGGACACCCAUGCAUACCCCUCAAGACAUGCCACCAGAGGUCUCCUCACACUCCCCAAGUCCAGUACAGACUAUGGGAGGCGCACAGUACUACAUAGAGCCAUGACUACUACAUAGAGCUAUUCCACAUCAUGUAACUGAUGCAAGCAGUAGAAUCAGAUUUUAAAAAAACAUGUAAAAAUACACCUUAUGGAACAACGGGGACUGUGAAGAGACACACACAAAGGUACAGACACAUACAUACGCACACAUUGUGAUAUUGUUGUAUGGUGGUAUUAAACAUUUUGUAUUGCAGAUAUGUAGUGGUGUAAUAAUGUUAUAUGAUGUACUGUUUUAUAUUUUGUUUUAUAUGUAAUGUAAGUGCUUUAAUAUGUUUGGACCCCAGAAAGAGUAGCUGCUGCCAAGGCAAAAACAAAUACUGGUAGAUUUGAGGAGUGUGGCACCCUCUCCUGGCACAACAAUAUAAGUGCAGAGUACAAUCACAGGCCAAAAUGUGUUGUAGUGGAUAUUGUAAUUGAAAGGUGCACUGCACACUUACCCAAAGAGCGUAACAUUUUUACAUGUAAACACAUUGUCUAGCUCUACAUUUUUUUGUGUGCAUUAUUUUGCUUCAAAUUACCUAAAUCAUCAACAAAACAUACAGAUGAUACAAUGUGUAGAAAACAGGAGAACAGAGGAGGUACAACCUGACCUUUUUUAGUUUUGUUGGUGCCAACUGAAUUCUGUAUGUAGGUCCCCGUCUCAGUUAAGUACUGCUCCCUCCCACUCUGUCCUCACCUCAAGUCUCUGUCACUCCCUCCUUCCCUCUCAGAUGCGUGUGGGCUCACAGACCCUGUCCACGUGGAGUCUCUGCAGGAGAAGGCCCAGGUGGCUCUGACAGAAUACGAGCGGAUGCAGUACCCAGGUCAGCCGCAGCGCUUCGGCCGCCUGCUCCUCCGCCUGCCCGCCCUCCGUGCCGUGCCCGCCAACCUCAUCUCCCAGCUCUUCUUCAUGCGUCUGGUGGGCAAGACGCCCAUCGAGACGCUCAUCCGUGACAUGCAGCUCUCCGGAAGCUCCAUCAGCUGGCCCUACGUCCCUGGUCAGUAACCCCCAAAAUGAGGUCUCCUUCUGGGCAGUGACGACAAGGACCGCAGGUUCCUCUGAAUCAUCAUGAUCCAUCUGUGUGAUCCUAUACUAGCGCCAGCUGGACAUCAUGCAUACUGUACUGUCUCCAUGAACUGAGCUCUCCAUACCAACCUAGUGCCAGCUGGGUCUAUUGCCAGCACACUGGUGCCAACACACCUACUGUGCCCCGUUAUGGCGACCUGAGUCAGCCAUGCCAUCCGCAUGUCAUAGUGACUAGGGACACCUUACAUAUAGACAUUACUGUCCCACCAAUAGAGGUCACUGGAACCUUGUCUCAUUUUCCACAUCUCAUUGCCUUCGGUGCAAUGACUGUCGACAUCUACAUCAGACCUU